AUGACACCUGGUGAGAUAUCAGUAGGACUUGGUCCUCUCUUUGGUGUACGUUUCCUUGCCAGCACAACUAGUAUAAUGGUGGUCAAUAUGAUAAUGGAAACGAAUGGAGGCAAAAUAUACUUUAUCAACAGAUCGCCUUUCUUUGAUCCGGAACUUUUUGUGCACUUGAAAUCUUUGAUCUCCACAAAGUGCAUAAUUGUGAAGAAAAUAUUGGGAUGUGAAGUUAAUAAAAGAGCCCGCUGUGGGAAUCUUUCCCUCCAGCUUGUUGACUCUGGAAUUGGCCCCGAAAGAUUGUUAUUAGAUAAAUCCAACGUGAACAAGCCUUUGAUGUGUCCCAAUGAUGGAGGAUAUAUAAUGAUUGACAUCCAUCGAUUGAGCUUGGAAUAUCUGCCGAGAAGUGAUUAUGGGACAAUUCUAAUGGAUUUAAGUUCACCAAAGCAUUCAGGUAUGGGACCUGUGAGAAGAUUCGUGUGGAGAUACUGCAAACUACUCAAGUCUCCAAUGGCAGAAGGAAUAAUUCCCUUAACGUUGCAGUCUUGGGCAAGGAAAAAUUUAAGAGAUGUGGAUAAAUUCCCAAUUGAGCCUGGGAGGAUACCGUUGAGUGGAUUGGCCGAGAUUUGUAGUUCUUCUAGAAAUCGGCAAUUAGCUAACGAGGAGAUGAAUUCUAGCUCCUGA